AUGUUUACUUGCCCAGCUGAGCCAGACUGCUCCUCGGAGACGUUCGACGCCGAUCCAGAUAUUGCCGGAAUUGGGGUAAUUGCGGCCUUUCUAAUUUCUGCGUGGUCUAGUCUUUUGAUUACCAGUGUCGAAUAUUCAUCCCGACACUCGGACGUCUUCACCCCCUAUUCAGGUCAUGCCGUGCGGCUAGACGAUCUAUUGAGGAGUUAUAUUAGACAGUUUACAAGGCGCAUGAAGAAACCGUGGACUCUCCAAUCCAUCCAACCAAUCGUGUUAGCAGCCAGCGACCAGCAAUUAGUCACGGGCCUGGCGAUAAUGGCUGCGGGCUACAUUCAACAUUGUACUAUUACGCAGUACCAUUUUGAUAUAGUCGCUUCCUUGGGUGGCAUUGCGUUCAUUGUCUACCAACCUACUCUAUAUGCUCUUGAUGGAUACACCAACAGAGAUCCACGAAUGAAGCUAUGGAGAACGAUUCUGAUGACGAUCCUCUUUGGUAUGAUUAUUCCGAGCAUUUUCGCAGUGUUCAAUGUCAACUUUCUAGAGCUAUAUGGAGCGUCAACCCAGUGCGUAUGGGACGAUCUAAUUGAUUCUCACCAUGACACGACUUUGGACGUUCUACUCAGCUUCAACUUAAUUCUAACUAUUUGGGCCUACAUCGAUAGUAUGAGAUAUCUAUACCCUACUAUCUUCCGAAGGAUCCCACGCAUUUCAAAAAUUGUAUUGACCCGCUUUGAGGCGACGUUGCGUUGGAUCGAUAAAAAGGCAUUCGAACAUUUGCAAAGUAUCAAUUCGACAUAUCAAGUAUAUAUAGACAACAAAUCCAUGAAGGCAUUCGCUACCCUCUCCCAUUCCAGGCUCAUAUAUACCAUAAUUACCAUCAUAAUGCGGCCAAUAUUUUGGGUUAUAUUCGUCCCAGUCUUUACCUGCCAGGAAGUCAUGAGCUCACAUCUCAUUGAUAUUUGGAGAGCUUACACAGCGACUUUAGCAUGGACGAUUGAAGUCCUAUCUAUAAAACAGGAUGCAGUCUCUACCGGAGUCAUAAAUGGUAGCGAAAAUAAAUGGGGGUUUGGCCAGAUACUUCCGCUAUUCCUUUUAAUUCUCCCAGCGAUGUCAACCUGGGAGUUAUUCAGAGAAACGCAACAUAACGGAAAUCAAGGGGGGACCAGAAAUUCUUACAGUCACGAACACUCAGACUAUAGUGAACGUAUUAUCCAUAACGUAUUCGAUGCACCGUCUCUUCAUCACCUCUUCCAACUACAAGAAUAUAAUGAGCGCCAACGACAGGCCAUAGAGGCUCAAAUUGGGUUCACGCCUAUUGGCGUAGUGGAUGGGGCUAGGGCCGAGUCAGAUAUAUCAGAUCGAAUGUAUGAAUCGAAGUUGUUUAGAGCGUGGGCCAUUUUCUGCACCCUGGGAAUUUUUGGUGGAAGUACUUACUCUGCAAUCAUUGGAUAUGGAAUUUAG